UAUAUCAUAGAAGAUGGUCUGUGAGUACUGUUUCUUCUUCGACCUUAGUCGAACAUGGGCUCGAGUUUCAUUUUCAACAACAGGGUUGCUGCUGAUCCUGCUGCUGUCUUCGUUUGUCAUCAGUGGGUUUGCACAAGAAUCUACUGCUCUUGUUCCGGCAAUCAUAACCUUUGGGGACUCUUCAGUCGAUGUUGGAAACAAUGAUUAUCUGUCCACCUUCUUCAAGGCUGAUUUCCCACCUUAUGGAAGAGAUUUCAUCAACCAUAAACCUACUGGAAGGUUCUGUAAUGGAAAACUAGCCACUGAUAUUACUGCUGAAACCCUGGGCUUCACAACUUACGCACCAGCUUAUCUCAGCCCUCAAGCAUCAGGGAAGAACCUUCUAAUUGGAGCCAACUUUGCUUCUGCUGGAUCUGGUUACUAUGACAAAACAGCCAUGUUAAGUCAAACGAUUUCAUUAUCACAGCAGUUGGAGUAUUAUAAGGAAUAUCAGGGAAAGCUUGCAAAGGUAGCAGGGAGUAAGAAAGCAGCAUCCAUUAUAACAGAUGCACUCUACCUAGUGGGUGCUGGUAAUAGUGAUUUUGUACAGAACUAUUAUGUUAAUCCUCUGCUCAACAAAGUCUAUACUCCUGACCAGUUCUCUUCCUUUCUUGUUGGAAUCUUCUCAAGCUUCAUUAAGGAGUUGUAUGGGUUAGGGGCAAGAAGAGUUGGGGUAACAUCGCUGCCUCCAUUGGGUUGCCUGCCAGCAGCAAUCACUUUGUUUGGAAUGGGGAAAAAUGGGUGUGUGUCAAGGAUCAACACAGAUGCACAAGGGUUCAACAAGAAGAUUAAUGCAGCUGCUUCAACCCUCCAGAAGCAACUCCCUGGCCUUAAGAUCGCUAUUUUGGAUAUCUACACGCCUUUCUUGGAUGCCAUCAAAUCUCCUUCUAAAUACGGGUUUUCUGAGACGAAUAGGGGUUGCUGUGGGACUGGGACCGUGGAAACAACAGUAUUCUUGUGCAAUCCCAAGUCACCAGGGACAUGUAGCAAUGCGACCCAAUACAUAUUCUGGGACAGCGUUCACCCAUCUCAAGCAGCAAAUCAGGUUAUUGCUGAUGCAGUCAUCAUCCAAGGCAUCUCCCUCAUCGGAUGAUCACUUACUUUAUUAUUAUGGAAAACAUUACUACUCAAAUACCAUGGUUUAAUGGUUUUUAUAUUGGUAUCUCUCUCUCUCUCUCUCUCUCUCUCUCUCUCUCUCUCUCUCUGAAAUGACUUUGAAACAUCUGUGUACUGAUAAUAGAUUACAUGGGUUUUCAUCUA